AUGGCCCCAAAACAGAAGCAGCCAUGCUACGUCCUCGGUGUGGGCAUGACAAAGUUCAUCAAGCCUCGCGGGAAGGUGGACUAUACAGAGCUGGGCUUCGAGGCUGGCGUCAAAGCUAUGCUGGAUGCAAAGAUCAACUACGACGACGUCGAACAAGGCAUCGCCUGCUACUGCUACGGAGACUCGACAUGCGGCCAGCGGGUUUUCUACCAAUUUGGCAUGACCCAGAUUCCCAUCAUUAACGUCAACAACAACUGCUCCACCGGGUCCACCGGACUGGCCAUAGGGAGGCAGUAUGUCUCCAGCGGGGCUGCCGACUGUGUGCUUGUUGUCGGAUUCGAGAAGAUGAUGCCCGGAAGUCUCCAGACUUUCUUCAACGACCGCGAGAACCCCACAGGAACCUCGGGUCUGAUGAUGGCAUCCACUCGAGGCUUCACAAAUGCCCCUGGUGCUGCUCAAAUGUUUGGCAAUGCUGGUCGUGAAUACAUGGAGAGGCGAGUCCAUCCUGGCCUUAAGUACGACCAUAUACUAACAUCUACUGACAGAUACGGUGCAAAGCCUGAGGAUUUCGCCGAGAUCGCCCGCGUCAACCAUGCUCACAGUGUGAACAACCCUUACUCGCAGUUCCAAGAUGUUUACACGCGCGAGCAGAUCGAGAAGGCCCCGAUGAUCUUCGAGCCCCUGACCAAGCUCCAGUGCUGCCCGACCUCGGACGGCGGCGCGGCUGCCGUGCUCGUCUCGCAGGCUUUCCUGGACGCCCGGCCGCACCUCAAGGAGCAGGCCGUCCAGAUCGCGGGCCAGUGCCUGGCGACGGACGCGCCCUCGCUCUUCUCCAAGAGCGCCAUCGACCUGAUGGGCCGUGAGAUGACAGAGCACGCGGCCCGCACUGCCAUGGCCGAGGCAGGCGUGGAGCCUUCCGACUUCAGCGUGUGCGAGCUGCACGACUGCUUCAGUGCCAACGAGAUGAUCACCAUCGACUUUCUAGGGUUGUCUGAGCCGGGCAAGGCACACGAGCUGGUGCGCGCCGGCGGCAUCACCUACGGCGGCAAGAUUGUCAUAAACCCUUCGGGCGGGCUUAUCUCUAAGGGCCACCCGCUCGGUGCCACGGGCAUCGCCCAGUGCGCUGAGCUGAUUUGGCACCUGCGCGGCUGGGCCAACAACCGCAACGUCCCCGGCACCAAGUAUUGCCUGCAGCACAACCUCGGCCUCGGGGGCGCCGCCGUCGUCACGGUGUACAAGCGGGCGGACGGGAAGGAGGCUCCCAAGGUGGAUGAUGCCACGGUGGGCAAGAUAAAUGGGCUGGGGUACAACCCUGCCACGCAGGCCAAGGGCUUCACGGCUGCGCAGGCGCGGGCCGUGAGGAGCAAGGAACGGGCGAGUGAAUGGGCUCUGCAGGAUACGGAGGAGAAGGUAGAGGCCAGGUUCUAG